GCACUGAACAUUUACACCGCCAAAGACUGACGAUCCUUACAAUUGCAAUGGCACUCGCUCAACGAAGAAUCCAGAAAGAACUCAAGAACUUGGCAGAGAACCCUCCCGCAGGAAUCUCACUGAAAAAGGCAGACGAUCUCAAGACAUGGCACGUAAACAUAGCGACAGAUCCAGAUGGAAUCUACGGGGGUCAAGUCUUCGAAGUCAUCGCAAAAUUCCCGUCAUCAUACCCGAUCGAAGCACCCGAAAUUACGUUUGCGGCUCCAGUCCCCGUACAUCCGCACAUCUAUAGCAACGGACACAUCUGCCUCGACAUCCUCUACCAAGCAUAUAGUCCAGUAUUGACUAUCUCAGCGAUAUGUAUCAGCUUGCAAAGUAUGCUGGCGAGUUGCAAGAAGUUGGAGAGACCGCCAGAUAAUGACAGUUAUGUUCGGAGAGCUGGGUUGAGUCCGAAGGGGACGAGGUUUAUGUUUCAUGAUGAUACAGUAUAGGGCGGAUGGAUGUUGGGGGAUUUGUUGGAAAGCUGAACGUUCGGUCAUGGAGAAAGCGUCUGACAGCAUGGUGUGCAGGUUUGCGCAGUCUGAAAGGCGAUUACGCGGCAUGAUAUACGAAGACAGGUAUAGGAUUAAGAUAGGAUUUCGCCGCAGAGCGCCUGGAUGAACAAACGGCCGCCGCCU